CUAUAAAAAACCCAUAAUCAUCAAAAGGGACUACACAAGCUCUUUGAACUUCUGAGCUCUCUCCAGCCCUAUCUAAAUUUAAACAUCUCUCUCUCUCUCUCUCUCUCUCUCUCUCUGAGAUAGACAUAUGGAACCACCAAUGACACCAAAGUCACCCCUCCAGCCGCCUACUUAUGGAAAUCUAAUCACAGUUCUGAGUAUUGAUGGAGGUGGAAUAAGGGGGAUUAUCCCAGGAACAAUUCUUGAUUUUCUUGAGUCAGAGCUUCAGAAGUUGGAUGGUGAGGAUGUAAGGAUUGUGGACUAUUUUGAUGUGAUUGCAGGAACAAGCACUGGCGGUCUUGUGACAGCUAUGUUAACUGCUCCAAACAAUAAUAAUCGCCCACUGUUUGCAGCUAAAGAUAUUAUAGACUUUUACCUUGAUAAUUGUCCCAAAAUGUUCCCACAAGAGAGCUCUCUAUUUCAUCAAGCCACAAAGGUAAUCAAAGCCUUAUCAGGACCAAAAUAUGAUGGGAAGUACCUCCAUGACGUAGUUAAGGAAAAGCUUGGGGAGAUAAAACUACAUCAGACAUUGACUAAUGUUGCAAUUCCAACUUUCGACAUUAAGACACUCCAACCAACCAUUUUUUCCACCUAUGAGGUGAACUAUAAGCCAACCUUGGACGCCUUACUCUCAGAUAUAUGCAUUGCAACCUCGGCAGCGCCAACUUAUCUUCCCGCCCAUUCUUUCAAAACCAAAGACCCCACUGGAACUGUGAGAGAAUUUGACCUAAUUGAUGGCGGCGUAGCAGCAAAUAAUCCGACUUUGAUUGCUAUAGGAGAGGUAACGAAGCAAAUCAUGAGGAAAAGUGCAGACUAUUUUGCUAUAAAACAAAUGGACUAUGGUCGGCUUCUAGUAAUAUCAUUAGGGACUGGGACACAAAAAGCUGGGGAGAAAUACAGUGCAAUUGGAGCAGCUAAAUGGGGUUUGAUGGGAUGGUUAACAAAUGGCGGUUCUACCCCUUUAAUAGAUGUGUUUACUCAAGCCAGUUCUGAUAUGGUCGACUUCCACCUUAGUGUGGUUUUUCAAGCCCUCCACUCUGAAAAAAAUUAUCUACGAAUUCAGGAUGACACAUUAACUGGGGAUGUAUGUUCUGUUGAUAUAGCGACAGAGAAAAAUUUAGAAGAUCUUGUUAAAGUUGGUGAACGAUUACUAAAAAAACCAGUUUCCCGAGUAAAUUUGGAGACUGGUCUUGUAGAGCCUUCUGAUGAAGAGACUAACGAAGAUGCUCUUCGAAGGUUCGCAAAACUGUUGUCCCAAGAGAAGCGACUCCGUGAUAUCAGAUCACCGCAUGGACACCCUACAAAUCCAAAGGAUUUUAAAUUAAGUUUGUAAUUACAAUAUAUUAAUUUCUAUCUGUCUCAAAAUAUCUAUAAUAAUAAAUUAUGUAAGAAUCUUAAGAUAUGGGAAUCUAGAUAUUUAUUCAGUGGUUGUAAAAAUUUAGAGGCAAAAAAACAAAAGCAUUUAUUAUCAAGGUAGUAUUUGAUUUUUCGGAAUAAAUAUGGAAUGGAAUGGUUAUGUUA